CACUGCCUCGCCAGCUUUCGACCCUGCCCUUAGGGGGGCUGACAACCCCAAGGAUUUCAAGGUCGAGGACAUUACCAUAUGUCCGUUCCUGACCUUAUCCUCUUUUCCAUCAUAGCGGACAUUAACUCUGAAUCAUGGAUUCAACCAAUUCGGCAUACAGCAACGACCCAGAAGUCAUGUCACCACCGACUACGGGAGACUACGAUCGGCCAAUCUACCAAGAUGCGGCGAAGGUGCUGGUGUCAUGGGAUCAUCAGCACAAAGCCUCAGGCUCCAAUGUCAGAAGCCACGCCCAACAUGCAACCACACCGUCGCCAAAAGCGAUAAGACCGGAUCCGAGGAGCAGAUACGGUGAUGCUCCGGAGGUGACUGUGACGCAACCGCAAUCAGGACCACAUGGUUACUAUCCAGUUUACCAGUACAGCGAUGCACCGCAGUUGCUCCAGUCUUUAAUUCCUGGGACAGUAGCCUCUUCCUCCUAUGAGAGCAAUGGCCCCGAGGUCGUUUCAUUGGACGGUCAUUCUGGCUCGACCCUACUGGGUUCGCAAGGCCUAGAACAGCCAGAUCCAUUGUCCCUCAAGGAGUCUGCACCGAUACAAGUGCACUCUUCAUGGUUUAGAUGGCGAAAUAAAUGGAUAGUAGUAGGGCUGGUCACCUUCAUUAUCGUGGUAGCACUAGUCAUUGGCCUCGUGGUGGGUCUGAAACACACGACACAAACGACACAAACCCAACCUGUGGGCGUACCGGCAAACAACACCAGUCCAGCAAACAUUAAAUGUAAAGGCACGAUUUGUCGGCAGAUAUUCAGUGCUGCUGCUCUCAUGGGCGAUAGGUACGUCUUCGGCAUUGGAAACGAUCAGAGCAUGUGGUACACGAGGACCGUCGCGGGCAACUGGACGAACCAAUGGUCUAGCCUAGGAAACCAGUUCCAAGGCCAACCCUCCAGCGUAGUCUGGAACUCUUCGGGGGCCCUCAGUCUCUUCGCCGUGAGCUCAGCCGGCGGCGUCGUAGCCAAGUCACUGACGGAUGAGGGCAACCCCAAUCCUUCCGAAAGCGAGUGGGCCAACCUUAAUGCCGCGGCCGGUAGCGCAAUAGGAGCAUGCCAUAGCACCUACGGGAUCGACCGGGCAGAUAUAUGGAUGGUCAGCAAAGACGCAACUUCGAGAGGUGUGACACACAAUUACUGGGAUUUCGAGGGCGGAGGUUGGGCCGGCAAUCUCUACCGGUGGGACACGACCGUUGCGGAGAACCCGGCCAAGGGGUCGGGCGCGACGCCCGCAGUUGUGUGUCGAGAUGACAACAUGAUGCACGACAUCGUCAUAUACGACAAGGAUACAUCGACAGUACUGCACCGGCAGUACGCGAAGUCAAGGAAUGCAUGGGAGGAUUGGAACGACCGCGGCGGCUCGUUCGUAGGCGACCCAGUGGUGAUAGCACCUUCCAACGACAGGAUCGAUUUCUUUGGUAUUGGGGCUGUUGAUAAGGAUAUGAGGCACUUUUCUUGGACGUCUUCGUCGAAUUACUCAGACAUGGAGCACCUUGGGGGUAGCUGGGCAAGCGUGCCUUCAGUCGUUGCAUCGGGAGAUGACCGGCUUGAUGUUGUCGCUGUGGGGACCGACGGCAAGGUAAAGCACCGGGCUUUUUACGGGCAAAUAUGGAGUGCUGACUGGCUCGACCUGGGCGAUGUGGUCGCUAAUAGUGCCCCGCUGAUCGUGAACUUGGAUCCAAAUGAACAGCCUGCUAGGCUUGGCGUUUUUGCUUUGGGCACGGGUGGGGAUUUAUUGUAUUCGAGCUGGCAGACUCGUACGACUGAUCCGGGGAUACUUGAGAUAAAUGCUUUCAGAAGCAUCGGUGGAAAUCUGACGAGCAGUUGGAUGAAGACAUAGUUGGGCUUGCCAGUUGAAAUGGCUGAAACGGUGUAACGUUAGCACUAGCAAUCAUAUGUAUAAUUAUACCAAUUCGACAGCUUUUAAGAUGA